GCAUAAUAUUAUUGACACAGCAAUCAUCCAAAGAAGAGCAUGGCAGGAAGAGCAAGGACCAACGCACCUGCCGUUGUUUAUAAGGAUUUCCAACCUCGGGUUGACCGGAAGGAAGAACAGGGAGCUGAUGUUCUUGUUAUUCAUCUUCCAGAUUUUCGUAAAGAACAAGUAAACGUCAAGUACGUGGAUUCUAAACGCACAAUCGAAGUUCAAGCAGAGAAAGCAGCGGAUAGGAAAACACGAAGCCGAAUGAAUCAAUCCUUCCCAGUUCCUGAGAACUGCAUCGUUGAAAAAAUCCAGGGUUCUUAUAGAAAUGGUCUUCUCACCAUCACCAUGCCCAAAAGAACAUUUACUCAGCUGGAUUCUCCCAAAGAUGCUGAUGCUAAUGUCCCCAAACCAAUUACACCUCCAAAACCCACUUCAUCUGCGGCCCCUGCAGUUGCAAAACAGAGAGAGCAGAAACCCAAGUCAACGCCAGAACCCAUAGCUCCUCAGCCUAAACCACCAGCUGAGACGGUGGCGAAACCGAUAGCUGAGCCUGCUAAACCACCAAUGGCGAUGGCUCCUCAGACUCCGAAAGAAAAGGCUAAAGGGAAGAAGGAGGUCGAGACAUUGCCGCCAUUGAAGCAACAAGAAGAAAUACAAAGGAAGGUUUCUCCCACCGCAAAGCAAACCAGAAAAGAAAAGGCUAAAGGGAAAGAGGUUGAGGCAUUGCCGUCAUUGAAGCAACAAGAAGAAAUACAAAGGAAGGUUUCUCCCCCCGCAAAGCAAACCGUGGAAGAAAAGGCUAAAGGGAAGGAGAUUGAGGCAUUGCCGUCAUUGAAGCAACAAGAGGAAAUACAAAGGAAGGUUUCUCCCACAGCAAAGCAAACCGGAGAAGAAAAGGCUGACGGAUCUAUGGUGGCUACGCCAGAGGUUGUUGAGAAAAAGGGCGAAACUAAAGAUGGAUUAAAGGAUUUAGUCAAAGAAAAGGCUAAAGAUUCCACGCCCAAAGCCACCACCGAUAUGUUGAAGCCUUCAGAGAAAGGCGGCGCCGUCGAGAAGAAGCCGAAAGAGGGUGGCGGCGGGUUCAUGGAAAUGAGAGGUAUGGAUACAAUAAUGAAGACGGUGAAGAGGCUGGCCACCGACGAUGCUGAAGAUCGGCAGUUGCUGAUUAAUAUAGGGGUCUCGGUUUUGGUGAUUGCGGCACUUGGGGCUUAUAUUACGUAUAGCUAUCGCUCAUCUGGAAAAGCCAAAAACUAGUACCUGUGCAAGCUGAAUGGCUGAAAUGUGUUGGGACUUCAUAAAUGUAAUGAUUUAUAUAUUUACCAUC